CGUGUCUCGACGUUUGCACCCACGGCAUCGAUCGUUCUUCCCGUUUAGCGCUUCUCGUCGAGAAAAUCGGAUCUCUCCAAUUCUCCCUUCAUUUCUUCGCACGUGCGAACGGCGGCGGCGCGGAAGAAAGCGGCCGGUCGGCGGGACGAUAAAUUACAGAGAACGAAACGACGGCUGAAUCACCGUUCACUCCGAGGAGACAUUAAAAUGCCGCGUAGCAAAAAUCGGACGAAGUGGGAGGCACCGUGCUGCAUUUUGCGUCACGGUCACGCAAAUCCGCCGUCGAUUGGCACGAGUUACGGCGUCGCGAAACGGUUGGCCGCGGACACGUCCGGAAGCCAAUGACGGAUCGGCACAGCAGAGAAACGGAGCCAUUAGCUGAGCGGCGAACAGAAGAAACGACCUCGCGAUCGCCGUGACGAGAAUCCGCCGUCGGAUGUUGAUCAACGGCCGAUGAAUCGGCCGCGAUCAAUGGAGGCGUACGAGCCGCUCGGCGCGAAAUCUUCCGACAGUUCAGCCGCGACUGAUGACUCACGGCGAGAUCGGCCGGCGACACGAAAGAUGCCGGCAUUAUCGGAGAGCGGAGCUACGGCCGAAUUAAUUUUCACAGACACGAGCAGCUCGAUUGCGAGCGCGCGGGCGAAAUUAGGUGCCCUCCAUUAGAGCGGUCCGGUCCGUUUACAUUCACUGUCCGUUGCAGAGUACACCCCCACACGAGACUCCUGCGAGACCGUGCAAAUUUGCGAGUGUGACCGCCUGUGAUGUCCCAUCCGCACGGCGCGGCGGAGCCUCUCGUGCGAUCGUCGCGUUUCAACGAGGAAUCGCACGCAACAAGAAGCCGGAAAGCCGCGGUGGUCGGCGGCCGUCAUUGAUCUCCCGUUAGAAUCGGAUCACUUCGAUGUAACAAGAUAAAUAGUCAGCGGGACACCGUCGGUGGUCGAGGGUGCGGAUCGCGGAGUCAUGCUGACUGUGUAUCUGAUCGGAGAAACGAGUACGCGCACGCUCGCCUGGCGGAUAACUUAACGUGUUGUAUGCCGCGGAGGUUCCCCGGCUGUACAACACAAGCUGAUGGGACACUUUUCGAUCGCACACAGUCGGCACGGCCGGCCGACCGCUGGAGAGUCGCCGAUCAUUCGCCCUCGCGUCGGAGCGCAGGCUCGAAUUAAAAUAAAAAUCGAGGUCCUGGAUGAGAUUGAGAAUUUUUCGCCCGAUGAUGAGCUGGAUAUCGAAGAAUGCGUUCGUGUGACGAACGAGGGGACGGAACAAGUAUCACACCAUGAAAAUUCCGAUCAGACCCCAGAAUCAGACUGUCAGAGAAAUGCAAGCGUUUCACUUUCUCUGAAACAAAUGGAUGAAUACAGUAAGCUUUUAAUGUGCAACGUCUGCGGGAUUGAACUUCCGAAGAAGGCCGAAUCCGAGUCUCGCAUAAUCGGACACAGCCAUGAGAAAGUUCUUCGGUGCAAAUUUUGCUGGAAACAAUUCUCAAGGGGAAACGCGCGCUGCGAGGACGAGCUCGAGCCGAGACGCAUCCCGAAAGAAAAACAUUCGAGUGUUCCGCCUGCGGGAAAAAAUGACCAUACCAGCGGUCGUUGCGCCAUCAUAAACCGACGCGGACUAACGCGAGGACGUACGAGUGCGCGACCUGCGGCAAGAGCUUCCGGAAGUCCAGCAGCCUCGCAGGUCGUCCACACCGCGGACCCGCCGUUCGCGUGCAACCUCCGCCCGGCGAGGUACAAAAGAUCGUCGGUGCUGAAGACGCACAAGCUGACGCACACGGGCGUGAGAAGAUUCGAGUGCGACAUCUGCAAGCAUCGUUUCCACCUGAAAGGCGCACCGAAGAAACACCACGUACUGGCGCAUUACGGCGGCAAACCGUACAGAUGCGAAGGUUGCGGCGAGAGCUACGGAAAAUCUUGCGGCCUGAAAGUGCAUCAUCGAUAUCGUCAUACCGGCGAUUCAAAGCGAUUCGAGUGCGACUUCUGCAAGUUGCGCUUCGUCCUGAAGACAAAACUCGCGAAUCACGUUUGUACGCACUUCGACGAAAAUCUUGACAAGUGUGAUAUUUGCGGGCGUCAGAUGGCGAGAGAUAUCAAUUGAAAGCACACAGAUGCGCGAUCUUGCCCAACAAGUCGUCGAAACUGAAAACUCCACAAACCUCAUCCGUUCGGCCACCGAGAGUUUGGGAGUUCGCUAAAAUAUUGAUUUCACAAUUAUCUCGAAAAUGCGUGUACAGAGAAGUGUAUUGUCGAAAGAUGUCUAUUGAACUCGCGCGCAAGCCGCUGAAAGAUAAGAAAAAAAAGGAUGUACCGAGAAUACUUGUAUUUCUUUGCGAGUUUCGUAUGACACGAUUUUUGAGGCGUAGAUAUUGCGCUCGCUCGAUUAUAUUAAUUAUCAUCUGUCACGAUCGCUUAUAAUAAGACUCGUUCCUCGCUUGGCUUGAUAUAAUAGCCGCCGCCAUUUCAUUCGUGAUCAAAUCUAUCCUCACGGAUCCCGUCCGUGUUUGCAUGCCCGUGAAGCUUAAUAAGGCAUGGCCUUAAUAAGCACUUCGCCGCAGAACAAAACACCGAUUAAUCCCAGACUGGACCGACUCGAUACGGAUUGGUUUCGAGCUCGGAGCUGCCUGCCGGCUCGCCGGAUAGGUCGGCUUAGGUUCGUCAUCAACGUAUCGUAUAUAAUCACAGUCUUUAUUCGAUAUUGCUCGAACGUGACCGCCGGGAUCAUCGCACGGCGCUGCGGAGAAUUAAUGCAACUCCCAGGACGUAAGAGAGUCCUUUGAAAGCAAUACUUUACUUUUACCUGACGGUACUGCCGCUUUUAAAGCGACGAUUUUACUUCAAUUGCCGCCAAGUGUAUUUGUUGCAAUCGCUUAAAGUUAGGGAUUAUCGCGGGAGAGAUACCAAUAAGGACUCGUAAAUGUAGAAUGUACAUGCAAUUACCUCCGCGGUAUUAAUGUGCAGCGUCUCUUUGACGGCUGUCUCUCGGCAGUAUCUCGAGCACGUGGGCUCCGCUUAUGUCGCCGCACGUGAGAAUGGUGCUUUAAGGUGCGUGGACACAGCGGGGGCUUGUACGCCAGUAAUCUGAGAUGCUUCGCUUCUUAUCAGGUCGCAUCUGCGAUUCGCGUGCCUUGCGGCUAAACUCUUUGACAGUGCCGACACGUAUCCGCCUUUUGACCCCGUUUCUCUAUUUCGGCCCGGCAGAGAGCCCGAAGAAAAAGUGACGUCGUCGCAAUUUACAUUGUGCGUUAAAUGAUAGAUUUACUGAGAGAGACAUGUGAAAAGUGAAACAAUUCACAUGCGCAUUUGCCAAUUUCUUUUUCCAAACUGCGUAUAGUUUUUAGAGCGGAGACGCGGAGAGGUGGAAUUUUUAAAAGUCGUGCGAAAAUUUUGCAAUACGACACCUCACGUCCGGUAUCAAUAAAAAAAAAAAAAAAAAUGAAACAACGUGUGCGCAAUCACGAGAAAUCUCUCGAAGGAUCGAUGAAUCAUUUGAAGCGGAGGCGCGCGUUUCGGCUUUAUUAUUCAAACCUUUCAUUUCCCUGAACUCGGGUAAUUAAUCGUGUGAGUUGAACGGCGUGUUGCGGUAGAAUUGUUGCAUAUACCGAAACGUAUAUGGACAGAGACCCCGUCUUGAAAUGGCCUACGCGUUCUAUUGUCAUGCUGCGACAUUCGGCCAUGGUUUCCCGCAUGCGCGGCUCAAAAUGGAUCAUUAUAAUUGCACCUACGCGUUUCGUAAUGUGCCGGAUCGCGAUAAACCGCGCUGGUCGUAAGGAAAGAAGAAAAACUUUUCCCGAACGUCAGGUUUCACUCAACGAUUAUUUUUUACAAUAGAAACGGCGGCCACGCGGAGACUUAUGAAAAAUUCAUCGAUAGAUUAUGCAAUCCGCUCGAAAGCGGACGGGUACGUGUAAGUAGACCGUUACGAUUUCGUCUCUGACUCACUGACAACUUAGAUAAGAGUCCAGCUCUUUGUCUUCCUCUCGACGGUCUAAUUUUGAUCUUACUCGAAGAAGCACAUACCAUAUAAUAUGUAAUUCAACAGAACAACUAAAUAUUUAAGUAGACAUUUGUACGAUAUAUUCGAAGCAGCGAUAGUGGAGCAGGGUCUAGAUAGCAUCAUUAAAUCAAUCCCAAUAUUGUGCAAGACAGAUUAGAUAUAAUUAUCUCUAGAACUCUUUCCAAAUUGUACACACGUUGCUUUCGUAGUGACCUCUUUUAUGAAAAAAAGAAUAAAAAGGAUUUUGUAAUCACGAAGUCGAUGACAUCUCAUACAAGCGGCACUUUCCUAUACUGUCUCUGUUUCGGAAGCGGCAAAAGAAAUGUCUUUUCGGCGUGAACGUAAAUUACGAGUGUAAAUUUAUGAAUCGUCGAUCCAUCGCGCGAUGUCUCGGCCACUUCGCGGGACCAGACGAAACUCGUUCCGUCUACGCGCGGUCUGGACGCACACGGUUUCCUCGCAACGGUGCGAUUUAAAUACGCGAGUCCCACCGCUCAUAUCUCUCGCCUAAUUAUGCCCGCGCCUCACGAAAUCUACGAUCUGACAGUUCGCGUACAGACAUUGCACAGCGGCACGCAGAGAGUCACGCCAAGUCCUAAUUAUUUAGAUAGCGAUCAUAGCGCUUUAAUUAUUCCCCCCCCCCUCCCCUCUCUAUCGUUGCUCCGUUCGCCGGUAUGCUAAUGGCGCUUAAUGCAGAUAGUAACGCCGAUACUAUUUGCCGUACCGGUUACUAAUUGCGAGCUCACGAUUACGCGCGUCCAGAGCGGACGGUGGAUUUGGAAACUCGCGGGAAAUACGUAACGACGGCAGCUACUGUCCCGGUUGUGCACUUUUGUUACAUAACAAGCCCGGCUAUUUUUCCCGUCCGAUAGAAAAGAAGCGCCUGUUGAUGCAAAAUUACUAAUUAUGGGCACGACUAAUAUUGCGAUAGAAAAGAACGUUGUAACAGAACGAGACGGAAAUAAGAAUAAAUGGAAGAAUAAAUUCGCUCGCUAUUCUCUAUUGCAAAUAUGUCGUUGUGCGUAUUUUUUAACAUCG